AUGAGAAACUUAAAUCAGCUGAUUGAGUCUAUCACAUCGGAGAACAAGGAGCUGAAGAAGAAGGUGAGAGCUCUUGAAGAUCGUCUGGAGAACAUAGAGCAGUACUCUCGCAGUAACUGUGUGGAGAUUCAAGGAAUCCCUGUAACUUCCAAUGAAGAUGUGUUGACCAUCGUGAAGGACGUCGGCAAGGCACUGGACUUAACCGUAUCUGACACUAUGGUGGACGCGUGUCAUAGACUUGGUGCCAAGCAGAGUGGAAACAAUCCGCCGGGGAUUAUUGUGAAGUUCGUUCGUCGACUGGACAAGGAGGAGUUUCUACAGAGGCGACGUGUGAAGAGGACCCUCUCAACUCGUCACAUCGGUGCAACUGAUGACCGUCCCAUCUACGUCAACGAGUCUCUAUCACCGGCGAGACGGGCGCUGUACGCUCUGGCGAGGAAGUAUCAGCGCGAGAAAAACUUCAAGUUCCUCUGGGUGAGAAACGGCAAGAUCUUCCUCAGGAAAGAAGAAAAGGCGCCAGUCAGAGUUAUCACACGAGAGGAGGACUUGGACUAA